UGAUCUAAAAAACUCAAAAACCAUCUAAUAAUUUCUCCUGAUGGAGUGACCGCCCAUGCGCAUGCUGCCUUUCCCCCCCUUUUCUCUUACACAAAAUCACAAAACCCAUCUUCUAAUUAACAACCAACCCUUUAAGACCUAACCCUAACCCAACUCUCCCAAAAUUUCCCCCAUUUUUUCCCUUCUUUCUUACCCCCAAACAAAAAAUAAAAAUACAACUAAACUUUCCUUCUCUCUUUCCUCCCAAACCCAAUCUUCAACCUCCUCUUCUCUCUCUCUCUCUCUCUCUCUCUCUCUUUCUCCCAAACCCUUACCAACACAAUCCCAUUUUUAGAUUAUUAACUUAAACUCAACAUCAACCUAAAUCUUCCACUCCUUUUUCCCUUGCAUAAUUUACGUGAUUUCACCAAAACAAAAUAUCUUCAAGAUCCAAAUUUUAAUUUACAUGGAUACUACUUUCCAAUAGAAAAGAUGCAUCUUCAUCUUUCUUCUAGCUAGCUAAGCUAGCUUAGGGUUCAAGCUCAAGGGGUUUCGAUUUCGAUAAUUCGAGACGAGAUAUAUAUACAUAUGGAUCAAGUAACAGCUCAUGGAAGGCCUCUACCACCUCCUUUUCAUACUAAUAGUCUUCAUCUAAACCAGCAUCAUCAGUUUCACCACUUCCAACAACAACAACAACAACAACAACAACAACAACAACAACAGCAACUACAGCAACCGCAACAUCUACUCCAACAACAGCAGCAUCAUAGCUCAGAAAAUGAGCAAAGUGGAAGUAGCAGCGACCUUAAAUCAAACCUAAAGAGGGAAAGAGACGACUGUGGAGCAGCUGACAGCAAAAAUGACGGUGGAGAUGGUGAAAGAGAGAUCCAAAGACGGCCUCGAGGAAGACCCGCUGGAUCCAAGAAUAAACCUAAACCACCCAUCAUUAUCACAAGAGAUAGCGCCAACGCUCUUAGAUCUCACGUCAUGGAGGUGGCUAAUGGUUGUGAUAUUAUGGAUAGUAUAACUAACUUUGCUCGCCGUAAGCAAAGAGGGGUUUGUAUCUUGAGUGGAACGGGUACUGUUGCUAAUGUUACUCUUCGUCAACCGGGGGCUCCGGGAGCUGUUGUUACCUUACAUGGGAGGUUUGAAAUUCUUUCUCUUUCUGGCUCUUUUUUACCGCCCCCGGCCCCACCUGCUGCUUCUGGCCUUACUAUUUAUUUAGCAGGAGGUCAAGGGCAGGUGGUAGGGGGCGGGGUUGUGGGGCCUCUUUUAGCAUCUGGCCCAGUAGUUGUUAUGGCCGCGUCCUUUGGGAACGCGGCCUAUGAAAGAUUACCUUUAGAGGAAGAAGAGGGAGGUGGGGCCCAGAUACAACCAGGGAAUAAUGGUGGCGGUGGAUUAGGAUCACCGCCAUCGGGAGGUGGAGUAGGGGGACAAAUGAUGGGUGAUCCGAGUAAUAAUGGAAGCGGAGGUGGAGGUGGAGGAUCCGGAGGCGGAGGAGGAGGAGGGGGAUUACUACAAGGAUUGCCUCCAAACUUGUUGAAUUCUUUGCCACCUGAGGCUUUUUGGGGUACUCCUAAUAAUCGACCUCCUUAUUGAUCAUUAUCAAAUGUUAGUACAUUUUACUCCUUAUUGGAUUAUAAUCAAUGUUUUCGUUUCUUUGGUUUGGACAACUUGGAAACUUUUAUUACUCCAUCAGAAUCUAAGUAGAGAGAAAGUUUAUCCCUCAUUUUCUGCUUUGUUUAAUUUUAUUAUCUUCUUCUUUCCUUUUCUGCUUUGUUAAUUAUGUUUCAACAUUUUUCAUCCUUUCUUUUA